AAGUUCAGUCGCGCGCUUGACUCGCGCGUUGACGCUGCUGACUUCCGGUGGAGACAAGCCCAUGUGGACGGUCGCAGCGAAGACCCAGAUCAGUCCGUGAUCGGUGUGUUCUUGGUGCGUUACUGUUCACGCGUUCUUGCACGUCGGAGUUCAUCCCCCCUCGGUUCUCGCGUCAUCCGGACUCUGUCGCGUCACCAUGGCGGACUUGGACGACUUUUUUGCUAAAAAGGAUCGCAAGAAGGCCAAGGGCAAGAAGUUCGCCACGACCGAUGAUGUCGCCAAGAAACUGGAGGAGACGGGCAAGCGAAUCGAAAAGCCCAAGCCGAAGGAGAAACCAGUGAAUCCCGAGGGCGAAGAGUCUCAACACACCGAGGAUGAAGACGAGUGGAAGGAAUUUGAGGAGGAAAAAAAGGACUAUAGUGGUCUAAAGAUUGGGCAUUUGACGGUAAACGACAGCAUAGAUGCAGAAUCGGAUGACGAAAGGGGCACUGGUGAAAACAGUUCUGACGGGGAAUCUGGUGAGGGUGGCACAAAACAUACGGGACCAUGGAAGAAACCAGAUCUACCACCGGAAGCUCCAGAAGUAACAGUAGCACCAGCACCAGCACCACCUGUAACUACUUCCACAGGAGGAAGUAGUUACAAAGCGCCACAUUUAAGAAAUCAACCUACAUUUACUAGUCCACGACCACGAGGAAGGAAUAUUGCACCUGAUAUACACAGUGAAGAAUAUUUUCCCACUCUGAAUUCCAAGCCCCAGCAAAGUAACGGCAGCAAUCCAUGGGGCAGAAAAAUUGAGCAAAAAAUGGGACGACGAGAGGAAGGAGCGUUCGAAGAAGUUCGCAACCGAGGUAGCAGCAGGUCGUAUAACGCGUCAGAGUCUCAAACUCAAGUGCCCAAACUCUCCCUGGGCAACAAAUAUGGCGCUCUGUCGCAAGAUCAAAGCUGAAAACACCGAUUAAAUCAAAAAACAUUACAUGAAUAUCGCAUCGUCGCUUUUUUUUGUUUCGUGACCCAACCUCGCCGAGAAAAUAUAUUUUCUAGACUAGGAUCACAUACCCCUAGCGCGCGUAUAUCACAGUACGCAUGUAUACAUACUCUGGAAUUUAUAAGACCCGGGUAUGCCAAUUUUGGUUCUCGUCGGCAGUUUUAAAGUGAUCGUGCGACGGAUCAUCGAUCUUAGGUAUUUGCAUGUGCGCUCAUGGACCUUGCGACCUUGUAACUAACUCAAAACGAAUAUCGUGCGUGUGCGCAAGCUUAUUUUCAUACCAUAUAAACACGUGGUUGGAAAUCGACUUUGAUAUUUCAUUUUCUAAUCAGCAUAGUGUGUAGUACAUUGCUUCCAGAAAAACGUCAGAAUGUCCGGAAGAAUGUGUUCGAAUUCUUGAAAUGUGCUCGAAUAUUCAAAACGACAGAUUGGAACAACAUUACAUAUGCGUCAUUGUUAUGCUCAUUGUGUAGUCUAAACAAUAUUCUUCAUUAAAGUAUUUUACAUGGUAUUCGUACUUUCUUUUAUACAAUGCUACUUUUAAUUUAACGUAUACAUAAUUACUGCCACAAUUGAUGCCUUCUCAUUGAGUAUUGUCAUUAUAGAACAUCAGAUAGAAUGUGUCCGUGGAAACACUAUUAGCACUAUGAACGCAAACGCUACCAACACUUAAGAUAUUAUAAAAAAUGUAUAAGAUGUUAUAAAAAAUAUAUAACUAAUAUAUAUAAUUUAUAUUAUAUAUAUUAAUUAUUAGGUAGAACUUAUCAGUGAUAUGAUUGAGUUUGUUUUGAACACUACCAUCCAGCUCCGCGAACAUUCUUUAGCACUAAAUAGCGCUAAUAGCGUCUCCCCGAAUGCAUCUAUAGAACAAAUCGCGUUGAUGUUCGAAUACGAUGAAUUUCAAAAUCGGCAUAACAAUGUCGCGAUAUCGAAAUUUACGCGAUUAGUUUUAACUGCUUUAUGAGAACUAUUCUUCAAAUAGUUUCGAAAGAUCGCGAGAUAAAUCUUGAUCUCUCUCUUUCUUCAGUUUCGAGAGAGUGUUGCUUCGCUCAAAAUGGCUACGUAUGUCAACGAACGGAAAUUUGUAGGUAAAAAGAAAAUUAUAAUUAAGAUA